UUCAAACAGUAGUAGAAGAAGAAGACUUCCGGUGUGUUUGUUUUGGUCCGUCGUCCUGACAGCAGUUAGCUUCGUUAGCUUCAGUUAGCUUCAGUUAGCUUCAGGAACAUGUCAGCCACAGAGGACGACACGGAGCUCAGAGACCUGCUGAUCCAGAACCUGGAGAACAGCGGAGUCCUCAACAAGCUGAAGGCGGAGAUGAGGGCGGCGGUGUUCUUGGCGAUGGAGGAGCAGGACAGACUGGAGAAUAAAAGUCCUCUGAUCAAUGAAAACCUGAAGAAACUGCUCAACACUAAAGACGGUCGUCUGGUGGCCGCUCUCAUGAUGGACUUCCUUCAGGUGUUUAACCUGGACUUCACGCUGGCCGUCUUCCAGCCUGAGAUCAACUCGCUGAACGGUCUGGAUGGUCGGGACCUGGUCUGCAGAGAUCUGGGUCUGUCAGAGUCUGACGUGAACAGGAACUCUCCUCUGCUGCUGGAGCUCGUCAGGAGGAGACACAAGACCACAGAGGAAGACAGAGGAGGAACCAUCACUAAGGAGCCGACUCAGAAACAGAUCACACACGCUCAGAAGAAGUUUGAGUUUUAUGACAAGGAUGGGAGCGGCUCGGUGUUCAGAGAAGACCUGAAGAAGGUUUUCACAGAUUUGUUCCCCGGUUUGAACAAGAGCAUGUUGGAGAGAUUCAUCACUGAUGAGCUGAGAGCUGCAGACAAAACAUUCUCCAAAACCAUCGACUCGCAGCAGUUUGAGCUGUUUUACAGACGUCUCUUCUCCCAGUGCAGAAGUGUGGUUCUUCAGGACUCUGAUGUGAGUCCCGGUCCAGAGGAGAGCUCUCCAGCUGUCAGUAAGAUCCCUCGGUUUAAAGGACAGACUCUCAGAGGACAGAUUCAGACAGCAGCCAAGGGCUCAGAGGGCGGGGAGUCUCUGGGUAAAGGAGACUCCCAGCAGCAGCAGCGGGGCUCCAAACACGGAGACACCUCGGGUCUGCAGAGGGACCGGGAGGACCUGGACCGGGAGGACCUGGACCGGGAGGACCUGGAGGACGACCCUGACGAGGGGGACUCGUUCUUCGACGACCCGCUGCCCAAACCACAGAAGACCUAUGGCUGCUCUCUGAUUGGAGAAAAGGAGUCUUCAGAGAGGACGAACAGUCAGAGAGAUCUGUCUCUCCUGGCUGUUGACUCAGAGGGCGAGCGAGACGAUCCUCCCUCUGAGCUCAGGAAGGUGGAGGCGUCUGGGGCCAGAGAGAGUCCAGUCGGGUCCCUGUCAGAGGCUCCGAGACCAAGAGGAGGAGGGAGCAGCGUGUCUGAGCAGAGCCACAGCAGGAACGGAGCGCCCAGAGAUCCUGGAUUCAGAGACUCAAAGACCCCCAACGAUAAGACUGGAUCUCUGCAUUUAGAUGACGAUGUGGAGUACGACGAUGACUUCAACAGUCAUCGGUCCGACCUCUCUAAGAGUGAGCUCAGUAUCGGAGAGGAGAUCGAGGAAGUUUCCAUUGAGGGUCCUGAGAACAGCGACAAGUUUGAUGAAACCACUCAGGACCUGAGCGUCUCUCAGCUCAGUCAGAGUCACGGAGCCGACUACAUGGAGGAUGUGGCCUGACCACGCUCUGCUUUCCCAUCAUGCACCUCUUUGUAUCGUCAAUAUUUAAUUCUGUACAGUUUGAAUGAGCAAUAAAUACUUUUGUUGUAA